AUGAGCACUGCGGGCCGCGGCCAGGCGGAUCCGCGGCUCCCCGCUGCCACCCGAGCCCGGCCGGCGGCGAGCUCGGGACAGCGACAGCAGCAGCAGGAGGAGGAGGAGGAAGAGGAGGAGGAGGAGAAUGUGGGACCUGUCCGUACCUCGCUGGUGGCCAGGAUGGAGGCAGGGUUGGGUCCCUCCCGUACACGCAGCCGGCUCCGGGUGCAGGAGCUCCGCAGGGUGUGGGUCCGGGGCGGUGUUGGGCGCCCGGGAAAUGCCAGCAUCCUGGUGCAGAGCCACCUGGGCAGAGUCACCGUGGGCGGUGUCACCGGGGACUGUCCCCAGCCGCCACAGGGCAGCGGCAGGGACUGGGGGCUAGAGGAGGAGUUGGGCAGGGGAGGAGCAGGUUUAGAGACGGGAACAGGGGCAGGGACUGGCUCUGGGACGGGAGGGCCGGGGCAGGGGCAGGAAGUCGGGGGGCCGGGAAGGGCUGGGCGCUCCUGCUCGGCUCCGGCUGCCGCCGCCCCUGGGUCAGCCCCGCCGCUCCCCGCCCUGCCCCAGCCGUCCCUCGCUCCCUCCGUCCGUCCGUCCGUCCGGACACAGACGGCCCCAAGAGAGGCUGGGCUUGUUUUGGAGCCCGGUACAGCAAGGCUGCAGUGCAGCAGCCACUCCUUGGUGGAGCCUUCACUCCCAGCCCUGGGAGCUGGGAGCAUCACCCUCCAUCUUCCUGCCCUGUGCCAGCUCAGUGAUGCUCGUGCCCACUGCCACGGCCAUGGUUUGAAGCUCCCACCUUUCCACACUGCAGGAAUAGGUCCAUUGUCAUCAGGGAAGGAGCUGCCCAUCCAGCUGCAGCACCACCCUGCCAGAUGUGCCUCCAGGUUGUGCUGCGCCUGCAGCCCGCUCCAGAGAUCCUUCCCUGCCUCCUGCACUGCUGACCACCAACUCCACGGGGUCCCUGACCUGGCCCUGCGGGUCCUCCAACGGCUUGUGCCGUGGACUGCUGGGCUCCCCCCCACGCUCAGCAUGCCCUUUUCUGGUGCAGCCAGACCUUCCCAGGAAUCACUCUGGAGCUUGAGGCCAUCCUCUAGGCAUUUUUCAUCCUUUCCAAACGUGAAAAGACUGGCCAUCUGUCUGGAUCCCCCUCCUGCCAAAGCGGCACGAGAGCGGUUCUUUGGGAAAGCUUGAACAGAACAUUCCUGUGCCCCCCAAAAACAACUCUAGGAAGCAAAGGUUGCUUGUAUGGGACUCGUGCACCCAGCGAGCCCUAGGAA